AUGAGCCAGGAGGAAAAUCACGAGAACUCCAACCAUGAUGCCAUCGAGAGGAAAAAAAGCAAGGAUUCAGAAAAGAGCAAGGCGGCAGGGCAUGAUAACGAGCUCUUCUUCGACGAUGCUGAGACCACCAGCUACACCGGUCGAUAUAAGGAGAGAGGAAUGUAUAGACCUGUGAGGCAGGUAAUAAUAAUAGAAAGGCAGCCUAGCCUCGGGGAUGUUUUGCAGAGGAUGGCUGUGAUAUCUAUAUACGCAUUUAUCAUCCAGACUUUCUUUACGGUGUGGAAGAAGAUCAACAAGAGGAGCCACGAUGUCUGCGUCUUCCUGAUACUUCUGUUUUUCCCUCCUGGAUUUUUUCUUUACAUGCAGUCCUACUUCCUUCCCUUCUGCUGGCUAAUGUUUUGCGGAUUCAUACUUUUCAACACACUCAAAGUACUGAGAGGGCCAUUUGGCAAGGAUGCAGUGAGAGAUAUCUACUCUACGUUUAAAACGCUGUUUAUUGUCUCUAACUUAGGGAUAUUUCUGGGGCAGUUUCUCACCUUCACAUUUUUUUAUCUGAAAACCGAAUACCUGGGAUAUGCGCUCUCUGUCCUGCUAUUCUUCCUGUAUUUCGGGCUGAUGAGUAGAGAAGUCAUCUUCUUCUUAAGCGAGACUGUGGCGAUAUCCACGGGAUUCUAUAGUAAGGACGGUGUUCCUGGAAAGGGAAACAAUAAUUCCUUGUGCAUGAUAUGCACGAAAUCAUUUGACAGGACAGUCAAGAUACAUACGCUAGUAUGCAGUCACUCCUUCCACGAGGACUGCAUCAAGGGAUGGUGCCUACUUGGUAAAAAGCCCUUCUGUCCAUACUGCAAGAAGAGAAUUGAAAGCUCCUCCCUACCUUCUGAACUAUGGCACAAGACCGAGACGUGGUUCUAUCCAUUGAUUAACACCCUGAGGAGCUUUAUUGUCCUGACGCUUGUUCUAACAACAAUAGUCCUGUACAAGAUAAAAUACCAAUAA